AUGUUGGUCAUUUAUUUUGUUUUCCUUCUGUCACAAUAUGGAGAUUUAUCUGUGCUGGAUCAACGUCAAGUAGGAGAUUUCAAUGUCCAAGUAGACGUUAAGGAUGUACAAAUAUUUGCAAUGAUGAAAGGAGAUAAAGAAGAAUAUGUGGAUUACGAUUAUGCUUAUGACUACUCAGAAUUUACAAUAAAACCACAAAAUCGUACAACACCUAAACCGUUUAACGGUAUGAAAACUUCUACGCAGAGAAUAACUACCAUAAAUGGUACAAUUACAGAGGCCAUAAAAGAUAAUUCGACGGCAUCACACACAGAUGAAUUUAUUAGUACUACAAGCUCAGAUUAUCUCUCUAAUACGACAAUAAAGCAAUUAUCUGAUGAAAAUUCGACACAAGCCAAAGAAACGAAGUCCACUAUUGUACCAACUUUAAAUACAACUGUUAAAAAUUGUAAAAGAGGUUUUAUUUUAAACCAAAAAGGGGAAUGCCAACUUAAAAUAAAUAGUAAUGGAAAUGCGUUACUGAAAUUAGUUAAACUAUCACACAAGUUAAAACUUAGAAGAGAAAAUAAAAGCAAUCAUAAUCCA